AUGUCUACCUAUGAUAAAAUCUUGGAGUUGGCCAGAGAAAUGGAAUUGAAGGGUGAAAAGAAAAGAGAAUUUAUCGAAAGAGAAUUGGAAGAAUUAAAGAAGAAAGAACGUGAAGUAGCGGAACGAGAUGAACGAGCGGCAGAAAGAGCGCAUCAGAAAGAAAUGAAAGAAAUAGAGGGAAAAGUUGAGUUAGCUAAACUGGAAGCUGCAAAAGUGAAUCCGAACGUAUUACAACUGACACAGCAAGCCAAACCAUACGUUUCAAAGUUCCAUAAGUUCAAUGAGAAAAAUGAAACUCUUGAAAACUACAUCGUGCAAUUUGAGCACAUAGCCUCAACGUAUGACAUGUCUCCCAGAGAUAUGGCCAAGCACCUACUCGCCAAUCUCGCAGGUGAACCGCUGAACAUAAUAGCCACCCUGACACCUGAACAAAAGACUGACUACAAGGCUGUGAAAAACAGACUCCUCGAACACUUUGGCAAAUCCGAGGACCAUUACAGAAAACUCUUCCGAGACAUCAGAUUGCAAAAGAACGGUGAUUACAACAGAAUUAUUUUCGAAAUUAAGCAAAAUAUCUUAAAGUGGCUCGAACUCUCCAACUGUGACAUGAAGAAACCAGACCAAAUCAUUGAUAUGUUCUUAAUUGACAGUGUACUAUUGAAUGUUACAGACAACGUUUUCACUUUCCUGAAAGAGAAGAAAAUUAAAAACGAAACAGAACUCAUAACUAACCUGAAUUUAUUCAAAGACAGCCAUCCUAAUCACACCAUCGACAGAAGAGACCAUCAAAUAGCUGCCACCAUUAACACUGAUUCAAGUAAAUUCAAGUACAGCAACAAUAAAACCUGCUUUAACUGCGGCAUAAAGGGUCACAUAAAGAGCCAAUGUAGAUCAAUCAACAGAAGCACUUUCCAAUAUCGAAGUGGCACAUAUCGGGACAAUAAACAUGACAACAGAAGAAACAGCAGAGCAACCCAGAGUUACAGCCCUAAUGAUAGAAGAAGGCAAUACAACACCAACAACGAUAAUUACAACUUCCAGAACUAUCAAAGAAGACAGCAAUACAAUACCAACAACUUUCAGAACUAUCACAGACAGUCCAGACGUGAUGGCCACGAACGAAACAGAUACAACAGAAAUACUUCAAACAGAUGGCAAAGUAACAGCAACAAUAGAAUCCAUAGCAGUUAUGACAACUCAGCCGCAACUCUUAGAACUAAUAGACAGGAACAAGUAGCGUUCAUGAACUCAUCCAUGUCAAAGCUAAAUUUUUAUCCUGCAUUUGUAAAUGGAAUGGUUACGAACUCACUACGAGACAGUGGAGCUUCAUGCAUAGUAAUCAAUGCAAAAUUUUUGAAGCCAGGCCAGAAACUUAAAGACAAAAUCAAGAUCACAUACGCAAACAAAGAAAAAUUUGACAUCUGUGAAACGGCCAUUGUUCACAUUGACUCACCAUGGAUCACUGGUGAAAGAAAGGUGAUAGUUAUGGACACACCAGCACAGGACCUCAUUAUAGGGAAUGUGGAUGGUGUAAGAGACAUUAGUGAUAAAGAAAUAAUGGAUUGGCUGGAAAAUAAACGUAACCAAUUGGAAACAUGCCAACCAAUGACAACAAACAUGUAUUAUACUGACGCCAAACAGAAAGAAAAUAUGUAUACCCAAGCCUCACAAACUGAUUCCCUCAAUGAACUCAUCAAUUCAGAACCAGAGAGAGACACUGAAAUAGCGGCAGUGCUAACAAGAGGUCAAAUCAAAAGAAUGAAUAAUCAGGACAGUCAUACACACCCCGAAGUACUCAAUAUCUCAGAAGUCGGUGUAAGUAGAGAGGAACUAAUCGAGGCACAACACAAGGAUCCUCUGAUUCCAAUUCUAUUAAAAAAUAGGAAGAAUGGAAAGAACAGCCAUGACUGCAUUAACGGUGUAGCUGUACGCCAUAACACCACAAGGAAGCAGAGCAAACUACAAAUUAUCAUUCCACAAGUAUUGAAAGGAAAAAUAUUAGCAAUGGCACAUGAUGACCCCUUGGCUGGUCACAUGGGAAAAAGAAAAACAUAUGACAGGAUCAUUGAUAGAUUCUUCUGGCCCAAGAUGAAAAAAGAUGUACAACACCACAUCAACAGUUGCACGAAAUGUGCACAACAAAGGACCGCAACCAAAGCACCACUACAAAAGUCAGACGCAUCAAGACAUUUCUGGGACAAGAUUGCGAUAGAUAUAGUUGGCCCAUUGAACAUUAGCAGCAAGGGAAACAGAUACAUCCUCACAGUCAUUGACAUGUACACCAGAUGGGCAGAAGCGUACCCCCUGAAAGACAUCAGCGCAGACACUAUUUGCUCAACACUUCGACACCUGUUUUUAAGAUUUUCGUUCCCAAACAAGUUGUUAUCCGACAAUGCCUCCAACUUCACAUCUCAAUUGAACAAGGCAUUUGCCGAAAUGUGCAACAUAAGGUUGAUACACAGCACGGUCUACAAUCCGCAGUCUAAUGGCUGCAUAGAACGCUGGAAUAAAACAAUGAAAGAAAUGGUCAGAAAGCUGCAAAAUGAGAGUAUGGACAACUGGGAUGAAGUCCUGGAAUAUAUCACAUCGGCCUACAGAACAACACGGCAUGAAACCAUAGGAUUCUCGCCUUACGAGCUGGUCUUCGGAACAAUACCAAAAGGUCCACUCCAACUAUGGGCUGAAAAUAUGCUGAACCUAAGCGACAGGAAAACAUCACACCCGUGGAUAGUUGAAACAAAGGAGAACCUUAGACACGCCCUAAAAACAGCAGAAAUAAAUAUGCAACGUAACCUAGACAGACAUAGAGAAAUCAAAAAUAGGAACAGAAAAUUAAAACAGUUCCUGGCAGGAGAUUUGGUUUUCGCAAAGGUGGAAGGUAUAGGUAGCAAAUUGAAAUCUGAUGGUCCAUACACUGUCGUUGAGAGGACUGGAAAGAAAACAUACAAAGUCAAGAAAGACGACAAAGAAAAGCUUCUGAGUGUAGACAAACUAACAAAAUUCGAACAAAGGAAUGUGGAAGUAAACAGUAUGCUAGUCGAAAUUGUAACCCAAGAUGACAUAGAAACACAAGGGAACCCCGUUAAUAACCUAAUUUGUGCCAUAUACGACGAAGACAAACAGUAUAAAAUGAGCUUGGAUAACUUCACCACUAAAUUUCAGGAUGUCAUCACUGACAAGCUGGGUACAACAGACAUCAUCACACAUAGGAUAAAACUAUGCACAAGCCUGCCAAAAAAGAACAAAGCCUACGAGAUACCUCUGGCAUACGAAGAACAAGUGAGAAAAGAGAUGAAUGAUCUAAUAGAGACAGGCAAGAUCGAAAGAUAUGAAUACAGCCCAUACGCCUCUCCCAUGGUUAUAGUCAAGAAGAAGACAGGUGGUGUACGUGUUUGUUGCGACUACAGAGAGCUGAAUAGUUGCACUGUUAUUGAUGCCGAACCUCUGCCUAAUCCAGAUAACAUCCUUACCACACUCAGCAAAGCAUCCAUUUUUACAACAAUGGAUCUGAACCGGGGAUUCUGGCAGAUCAAAAUGGACGAUUGUUCAAAACAUUACACAGCUUUCCAGUGUACUUUACCAGGCAUAGAAGGACUGUACAUCUGGAACGUGAUGCCCUUCGGCCUAGUCAAUAGCACAGCCACUUUCCAGAAAUGCAUGGGCAAGCUGCUACAAGGCAUCCCACAUGUGCUGUCGUACGUAGAUGAUAUCUGUAUCUACACUAAUAGCUGGGCGGAACACCUAGAGACACUUGAAACAGUAUUGCUAAGACUCAGAUCACAUAACAUGACACUAGCACCCAGCAAGUUAAACAUAGGCCAGAAUAAAAUAGAAUUUUUAGGGUACAAUGUAGCACAUAAUACCAUCACACCAACAUCAGCAAAUAUCACCAAGAUAGCUAAGAUUAAAGAACCCAAGUCAAAAAAGGAUGUCAAAUCAAUUUUAGGCCUGUGCAAUUUCUAUAGGAGAUUUGUACCAAAGUAUUCUAGCAUUGUACAACCUUUAGUAGAACUAACUAAGAAAAAGUAUAGGGGAAAUAAAAUUAAUCUAGAUGACAACAGUAGGAAAGCACUAGAUAGACUUAAAGAGAUAUUCACUGAGAAGCUAGAGUUAACUACCCCUGACAUGAGCCAAAACUUUAUUCUAUACACAGACGCAUCUGAUACAGGGAUAGGAGCCUGUCUGUUUCAACAAGUAAAUUCACUACUUAAACCCAUCACUCACAUCAGCAGAUCACUAACUGAGACAGAAAUAAGGUACUCGGUAAUAGAAAAAGAAUGCCUUGCCAUAGUGUGGGCAGUAGUUAAGCUAAAGAGGUAUUUACUUGGGAGAUUUUUUACAAUCAAAACUGACCACAAACCUUUGAUAGCUACUAAGUCCAAAAGGUCUGCAAACAAUCGAAUAAACAGAUGGAUGUUAACUCUGUUAGACUACAAAUUCAAUAUAGAGAGUAUACCAGGUCAUGAGAAUGCAAUUGCUGAUUAUUUGUCAAGAUACACUGUUCAUGCCAAUGACGCAUUUGAAAACAAUGACAUUGUUCACAUAAGUCAACAACUAUAA